UUCCAAAGGCCGGCAGCUAGAAAAACUCCCGCAGACGGUGGAGCAGCGGCGUUGUUGGUCUGGGCAUGUUUCUCACAGUGGCGCAUUUGGCCAAGGCCAAAUCAAAGUUUGUUCUUGUGAGGAUGUUGAGUGAAGCAGGAACAGGCUAUGCUUUCAACAUAAAAAGACCUCGGCUUCAAGAAAAGCUGAUUAUGCUGCGAUAUGAUCCUCUGGUUAAAGAGCGUGUCCUCUUCAAAGAGCAUAAAAAGAUCCGUUCCCUGUAGAUGACAACUGGAUAAAAUGAUUUUAUUCAUACGUGAAGCAGACUCGUGGGGGGAAGUGUUAUGUCGACGGCCCUGUGGCGUUCUCAGAAAGGGGAGGAAAUGGAUGGAGAUGGCUGCCUCCUGUGAUUUGAAGGCCAUUGUGAACAAGAACAAUGUAGAAAAAGAAAGUUGUUGGUGUCUAGCCAUGGAUCAUCAUCAACAACAACUCAUUUAUCUUUUGAGUUAUUUUUACAGCUCUCAAUUAAAAUAGCAAAAAACCCAUUGUCUCUCUGUGUUACAUUUCAAUACUGAUGUGGAACUGCUUGCCGUCUUCAAAGAAACAUUUGUAUCACACAGCUAUAAAAUUAAACCUUCCUCUAGUAGGACUUCAGCAGAA